AUGGUUCAGUGGCUAAAAUGUAUGUUAACAGUUCAUGCAGCAUACCUGUCCACGUUGCCUGACCUGGUACCUCAGCUGGGGACACUCUACCAGUUAAUGGAAAGCAGAGUCAAAACUUUUCAGAACCUUCAUGGAAAGCUUAUUUUUCUAAUUACACAAGUAACAUUAUCAGAGAAAACAAAGGAAACAACUUCCCCUGGACAGAAGGCAAAGUUGGUGUAUGAAGAAGUAUCUUCUGAAGAGGAGUCUGACGAUGAAAUAGCAGAUAAGGAUUCUGAUGAUGAUUGGGAUGAAGAUGAGGAGGAGAGUGAAAGUGAAAAAGAUGAGGAUGAUGCUGAAGAGGAAGAUGAGGAUGCCAAAGGAAAAGAUGAAGAAAAUGGUGACGACAGAGAUAGAGCAAGUGAAAAAGAAUUAAAUGGGGAUUCUGACUUAGAUCCUGAAAACGAAAGUGAAGAAGAAUGA